AUGGGUGAAAUGGAUGCACUAUUCGGGGCGACCUAUAUCGGAGUCGUAAUAUCAACAUUCUUAUACGGGAUACUCACACUGCAAACGUACAUAUAUUGGUUCAAGUAUGUACAUGACAGUACAUUCGAUCGGUGGUUUGUGCUGGCAUUAUGGCUGGUAGAUACGAUUCAAUCCGCUUUUAUCUGCCAUAUGCAGUAUCAUUACACCAUCACAAACUAUGCCAACCCGGAGGCCCUCCAAUUUAACAUCUGGUCUCUAAACUGUGAAGUCGGUUUUAUGGUAAUCAUCACAUUUAUGGUUCAAGCAUUCUUUGCGCGACGCGCAUGGUACUUCACCAAGCGUGUCGGCUCUCGGUUCACCACCACCCGGACGACCCAGUUUUUGGGCGCGGUUGUCGGCUUGCUCGCGCUGAUGGCCCUUGGGUUUGGUCUUGGGUCAUUCGUAAUGACAUUUGUUCUUGGACGGUUUUCACGAUUUGUCGAGUACCGGUGGCUCGUUGGAAUUUGGCUCGGAGCUGCGGCGCUUUGCGAUAUUGUCAUUGUGUAUAUGCUGUCAACUGCGCUCAUGACACAACGAACCGGGUUCGGUCGAACCGAUGCGUUGAUUAACAAGCUGCUUCGGUAUACCAUUCACACGGGUCUGUUGACAAGCAUUAUCGCCGUUGCGGACCUGGUCUGUUUCUGCACUAUGAAUAAUUUGGUUCAUUUCGGGUUUAACAUGGCUCUUGGAAAGCUGUAUACCAAUACACUUUUGGCGACCCUCAAUGCUCGCGACACCGAACCCACCAACGUCGUUCACGUUGAAGAGGGGUCAUACAACUUGAAAGAGCGACAGCAGAAUGCUAGCCACCCUCAAAUCAAGUUCAACCGCCCCCCUGGCAUGACAUCGAGUCAGGACCGUGGAGAGCCGGUGAUUCACUUGCACACUGAUACCACCAUUGAGGUUUCGAACAUCGAGCCUCGUCGACGGGCUUCUCGGGACCAGUACCAAGGUCGUCAAGUCGUCGUUCUCCAGCAUGGAGACAAAAACGCAUAUAACCAAAACAAAGAUAUCGAAUUUGACGCAGAUGGCGCAGAUUCGGUAGACAGCUUCGGGAAAGGGCGAUCAUAG